AUGCAUCAAUCAAUCGCUGCCAAAAACUGGCGGCAUUGUUCUGAUGCAAGAGAAAUCACUGGACAGUGGAAAAUCGGUCGAAUCACAUUGUCAUCAGAUAACUUCCGAAGAGUAGCAGUUAUCAUGUCACCAUUAGGACGAACGAUGACAAGACCCAUCAAUAUGCAAUGGAAACUUGGAAUCGAAGACAAUCAAGAAGGAACAAAACGCGAUCCACGAGAGGAAGAACUAAGCAAACUGUGUCCUCCUCAAAAUCAACAUUCCAUGAUGAGAAGAUCGAAAACUUCCAAAAACAACAUCAGGAACUUCCUGGCGCUAGCGCUAGUACUUUUCAAUGACUUAUCUGUCGACAGCAGAUGCAUAGCAGAAAUAAAUACGCCUAAAACAAUUAUCUAUGCUACAAACUGCGUUGUCAAAAGAAUCGCCACCGAAAAGUUCAACGAAAACGGAAAAGGUCAACUAUGUUGGUUUUCAUUAUAUUGUCCAAUUGGAUCCAUCCGAGCAACCUUGGCACUUCAACACGACCAAGGGAUAUGCGGUACCCAGUGCUAA